AUGCCCGUCUAUAUGGUCUACGGCUUCCGCUGGCCGCGCGCCGGCUUCACAGGCAUCCGUGUCUACAUCGUCCUGCAUAACCUCGAAGACGCAACCGCCGAAUAUCUCCAGAAGCCCAUUACCACCCAACUGCUGCUGGAGUCGUUCGCUAAAACCGAGCCCGGCAUCGUAUCGCGACUGCCCGAGCUGCGCUUCAUCGAACAGUACGACCCUGAAGAUACGGGCGACACCGCCGUCAGCAAGGAUUUCGCCUACGUCGCGGGCCGCUGUCUCGCGCUGGGAGAGCCCGGGGCGCCUGCGCCGGGCCUGAGCUGGAGCGCCGACGAGAUCGCGUCCCUGGACUCUGGGCUUGAUGACGAGGCUAUGGCCGCGUUGACGGAGAUGCGCGAUAAGUAUGCGGCGGGCGAGAAAAUUGGGUGGUGGAUUGUGUAUAAUGGGGAUCCGGAGCGGUAUUUUCCCGAGUAUGAGGAAGACGAUGAUAGUGUGCUGGAUGAGGAGGACGAUGAGUAUAUGGAUGAGGGGGAGGACAAUGAGCGCGAGCCGCAGACGCCGCAGACUCCUACGGCUCAGCUGUCGGGCAAGCUGGCCCGGUUCUUCACCAAAAAGGCCGUCUGA